GAGACUAUUCCAGACCGUCUUCAGCUUUGUGUCUGUUUUAAGUUUAUUUGUGCAGAACUAGAGUUCUUUUUUUUUUACCAAGCUGUCGUUAUAUAUAGCGAAAUGUUUUUUGGGAGCUGAAGCAUGGAGGUGGUACUGAUCAGAUUGAAGGGACUCAGCGAUGCUGAGCUGUGUGAGGAAUUUGUUCGAGCGGGCAUCAAGUGCGGCCCCAUCACAUCUACCACCCGAGCCAUCUACGAGAGGAAGUUAGCUCGCGUCCUCGCUGAACAAGAGGGUGUUGCAGCCCAAACCGAUGGCAACCGUUCAUCCCUGGGCCUGGAAACUGCAGGAGACUUCAAACCUGUGUCAGGUGCCACCUCAGAAGAUGCCUCUGACAUUGUUACUGCAAGCAGCCGGUCCUCUGAGAACAAUGGCGAAGAGAUGGACUUUGGGUACGGUGUGGGUCUAAACCCACCAGAGGAAGAGGAGAUCUCCGUACGGUCGGCUUUUAACAGCCCUGUUGAGUGCAGUAACUCUCAGUCCAAAACAGAAACGCCUUCAAAGCUAGCACAAGUGUCUCCAACUUUUUAUGGAGUGUGUCCACCGUGGGAGGACGUCUUGGCCAGAAAUGACGGAACACACGUAUACAUGGACAAGAAAGACGCACUUCAAGCUGUGAAGGCCAUGAAGGGAGCUCGCUUCAAAGCCUUCAGUAACCGUGAAGAUGCAGAGAAGUUUGCAAAGGGACUCUGUGAUUAUUUCCCCUCUCCCAGCAAGUCCACCCCCUGUGCAUCUCCUGUCAAACCUGGUCUGCUCCCUGGUAAAGCUGAAAACAUGGAAGUUGACACCAUUAAUCGGGAGCGGGCCAACAGUUUUAAGAGCCCCCGCAGUCAGGACUUAACAGCAAAACUAAGGAAAGCUGUGGAGAAAGGUGAUGAGCUGGCCUUCAGCGAGCUCGUCUGGAGCAACCCACGGUAUCUUAUCGGCUCAGGGGAUAAUCCCACUGUUGUUCAGGAGGGCUGCCGCUACAAUGUCAUGCACGUGGCAGCGAAGGAGAACCAGGCAGGGAUCGCCCAGCUGCUGCUGGACACUUUGGAGAACCCCGAGUUCAUGCGCCUCAUGUACCCAGACGACCAGGAAGUCAUGCUGCAAAAACGAAUCCGCUACAUUGUAGAUCUUUACCUCAACACUCCAGAUAAAGCUGGUUUCGAAACACCUCUCCACUUUGCCUGCAAGUUUGGGUGUCCGGAUGUGGUCAAUGUCCUGUGCUCGCAUCCUGACAUAGAUAAGAAUUGUAAGAACAAGGACGGCUUGAAGCCUUGUGAUCUUAUUUGUAGCAGAAAAAAUAAAACCCAGGAAGUGAAACAACAGAUAAGUGACUACUUGGAGGACCGCUGCUAUGUCCCUUUGCUGAGGGCGACAGACAACACCUCUCAGCCCAUCAUUGGUGCUACGUGGUCACCCGAGUCCUCAGAGAGCCUGUCACUGAUCCAGCAGUACACGAGGAGCCCCGUGGAUCCUUUACUGACCGUCACCGCCUUCGCUGGCCCGCUGAGCCCUUCUAAAGCAGAUGACUUUCGUCGGUCGUGGAAAACGCCACCUAGAGAACGGGCGGAGCUUUUCCAUCACAUUCUGAAGUCGGACCCUGACCGAGGGGUAGAGAGAGUGGGCAGAGAUUUAGCUCGUGAGAUGGGCCACCCCUGGGCUGAAUACUGGGGUUUCCUGGACUGUUUUGUGGAUCUGUCGUCAGCCGAGGGGCUCCGCAAGCUGGAGGAGUACCUGAGUAAGAAGGAUUUCAGCCCAAGGAGUCAUGAUGGGGCUGGACAGAAUGAGACCAGCAACAGGUUUAAAACCCCCUCUCCAGGAAAGCCUAAAAAAUUCUGCAACUCUAUUUCUGUGGGUGCCUUCCUGGAUGAGAGCGAUGACAUCAGCCUCGAGGAGAUAAAGAACCGUCAAAACGCAGUGCUCAGCAGCAUCACGUCCUCCGCUUCAGCUAAGGAUGUCCUGAAAGGAGCCGUGGGCGGCCGCGAGUUCCACAUGGCGCUUCACCACCGCGGGGCGGACCUGAUAGAGACGGCCGCCGAGCGGGAGCUGCUGUGCUGCUGCAGCGACGGCCUCCUGUCACCCGGCGCCGUCUGCAAAAGUGGGGCGUGCUCCUCCUCCAGUGACAGGACUCAAAACGGAGACAAAGUGUCCCAGCGCACCUCCCCGUCCUCCUCCGGGCUGCUGUCUCCCAUCACCAACCUCAUGGUGGAGUUCGAGCGCAUGUCGCUGCAGGAGCCGCCGGACAGCCCCRCCCGCUGCAGGGAGAGGAGGUGCAGCGGCGGGAGUCGGCACAAGGACAACCGCGGCGCCGCAACGGAGCUGGGCUCCGGACUCGCCCGCCUGUCUCUCAGCCAGAACAGCGAGGAUCCGGAUCGGCCUGGCAGGAGGACGGAGGGAAGAGGCUCAGAGGAGAGCAGCAGCGGCAGCAGCUCAGAGGAGUACUUUGAAGCAGAGGAGAGUCUGGAGGAGCUGGGGAGGACUAGGGGGUCCGUUUCAGGGGUGCGCAAUUUCUGUGCCAGGUCCAAGUCGUGGGACCACGGAGGCAGGGACCUGAGCAGCUCAGGAUCCUCAGGGUCUUCCUACAAGUCCUUAGACAGCUCCGAGUUUCUCCCCAGGACCCCUCCGCACUUUAGAAGAGGACUUUUUAUUGAGGGGGACUCCCCUACCAGACUGGACAGAGAGGUCUUGGCAGCGAUGGAAGGCACAGAUGUUGACCCCCAGAAAUAUCCCAGCAUACACARGUGGAGGAGCACAAUGAAGUGCUACUCUUCAUCGGACAUGCAGAGCUGGCCCAGCCCGGCGGUGAAAGCCCGACUCAAGAUGCAGCACCAGACCCCCGGCUCYCCCAUCAGCGGCCUGAUGUCCCCCAGCGGUCGCUUCAGUCCCGUCCGCCACGCUGCCUCACCAGACUACAGCCCCAGCCGAUACAGCCCUGCCAGUGUUAGCUACAUCCAACGCAUCCGCCUCAGACACCUACAUGAACCGCUGUAACCGCCCCCCUCCUGCUUCUCUCCCUGCAGCAGCUGCACCAGAGCCCCCAAACCUGACAGAAAUAUGCACAAGUGUCUGGAUUUGUAUUUAUGAUGUACGGUACUAUGUAUAACAGGAAUUCUCAUCACAUUAGGCCGUGAUGUCGACUCGACUUUAAAAAGGAAAAAAAAAUCUUCAUAAUUUAUGUACUGUAUGGGUGUGAACURUAAUGACUUACUGGAAGUGUUAGUGGCAACUGUGAAACACCUGUAUUAUAACCUGAGUCAACUGUUGGGGGGGGGGGAAGUGAACACAAGCCACACUUUCCUAAACUUGGUUGGUCACACACAAACAAGAGGCAUCAUUAGGAUUCUAUCCCUGAAGAGCUUCUUUAAAAAAAAACAACUAAAACAAGUCAAAUCUUGAUAUUUUAAAAAAUAUUUUUUGUAUGUUGGUCAGUAGCACAAAAAUUAAUGUUUUUAAUAACAGGUGUUUUAAAGCAACUGCCAUUUCCUAUGUUGUUCCUCAGUUCGGGAAUUGCCUUAAUUUUCUGAAGUGAUGGACCAUUUCUCUGUCAAACUAGAAAUAUUUUAACUCCUACUUGAAAAGUAUGAAAAUAAAUAAUAAAAAAAAGAUCUUCCAUGUUUUUUGUUUUUUUUUUAAAUUUUGGCCUAAUAAAUGUAUAUGUUUUCUUAGUUGUACCGGGUUUGUGUGCAAAUAUUUUGUCAUUAACGGCGGCCUUAAACAGUGCCAUUUUUAAAAUUUUGUUUAUUUACCAGUCUGUCACACCCAUCAGUCAGGGAUCAUCUGAGCUGAACCAUUAAAUCUGCAUAAAUGUGUUUUUUAAAGCACCACAGGGGAAAAACUUCAGAUAUAAUCAAACAGCUACACAAAUCAGACCAAUUUAGUAACUUACUGCCUUACACUUGGAGAACAUGAUUAAAUGAAAGCUGCAUUAUGCUGUAAGUUAUUCCCAGUCUUUGUAUCUUUUUUUAUAUGUGGGGGAGGAAAACAUGGCUUCUGUGCUCAUUUAGGGGAGUURAACAAAGCUUUAAUUCUCAAAGUUGCUCGUAAAUGUUUUUGGUAAAAGAGUUUACAGUGAACUCGUUUUCCAAACGGUUGAGUUUGGUGACGAAAGUCAAAACCAUCUGGGUCCAAAUGGUUCUGUUUGGUUUUGGAGUCUGAAAGCUCACGAGUUACGUCCAGAGGGAAUACAGCCAGCCAUGUUGAAAAUUCAAAUUGCCACUUAAGUUGAAACAAAUGUUCUGAAUGUAUGUUUUUGUUUUUAUUUGUGAAAAAAAUUUUUGUAUCCGAGAGCACAAGCCAACUUCAGAUUGUACGGUCAUCCUCAUGCUCUGAGAUAAGAGAUCCAACUCUGCUCUCUGAAUGUUUCUGAAUGUGGAACUUUACAAAACUACACAU